AUGGGGCCGGACGAAUCGGUGGCCAAUCACAGGGCAGAGUUUCGAAAACGCAAGGGGGCGUGCCGUUUCCGGAGGCUUUCCCGGCAGCUCCCACGUAAAGGAGCGUGGGAAUCUAGCAGUGCCUCGGGCUCUAGGUCUGGAGAGUCAGUGGGGCGUCGGCCUCUGCUCCUUCUCUCCGGAUCUGUCCCGAAGUCAGUGUGUCGACUUGAGGAAGGCAUUCCCCUCCCCCACCCCGAGAUGGAGUCCACGCUCCCGACAACCGGGGCCCAGGGACCGAUGCUGUUUGAGGAUCUGGCUGUGUUUUUUUCUCAAGAGGAGCGUGUGUGUCUGCACUCUGUCCAGAGGUCCCUCAGCAGAGACACUACACAGGAGUGUUUCGAGGAGAUGGCCUUGAUGGGAGGGAAAGGCAAGACUGAGAUUACUCAGCAGUUAAAUCUAGACUCUAUGGGAGUUGAGGAACUGGCCCCAGAAAACUCCUCCAUUGCUGUGCCCCUUGUCUAUUACCCAGAAAAAUCUUCUGAGACUGGAGGUGGAGACCCUGAAAGGAAAGUACCAGGUGGAACUCCUGCUUGCAAGAAAAGGUUCAUAAGCCUAUUAGUUACCAUCGAAAACCAUACCCCAUUAAUAGACCCACCUCAAUGUCUAGAAACUACAGCACUUUCUGAAAUUCUUGAAUUUUCUGGGGAAGAAGCCAAAAAUUUGUAUAAGUGUCCUGAAUGUGACCAAAGCUUCAGUGAUAAUUCAUACCUUGUCUUGCAUCAGAAAACUCAUUCAGGAGAGAAGAAGUAUAAACGUGGUGACUGUGGCAAGAUUUUCAAUCACAGAGCUAACCUGAGGACACACAGGAGAAGCCACGCUGGCGAGAAGCCUUAUAAGUGUGCUGAGUGCGGCAGCAGCUUCCGCCAGCACUCACAUCUGUCUCGGCACAUGAAUAGCCACGUAAAGGAGACGCCCCACACAUGUGGCAUCUGUGGGAGAGGUUCUUUGUGGCCCCCAGGGUUGGCACAGCAUCAGAAAACCCACGCUGCCAAAAAAGUCUGUGAAUGUACCGACUGUUGUAAAGGUUUCGGUCAGAAGACAAAUCUUGCUUUGCGUGAGGAAACACACACAUCAGCCACCCAGUACCCGUGCACUCAGUGUGUGAAGUGCUUUGGACAGCCCUCACACUCUGUCCUCCCCGAGCAGGGCCACGAGGAUGACUGUGAGGACGACGCCGAACACUGCGGUGACUGCAGAGAAAAUUUGCUUUUGUUCUCAAAAUUCAAACCCUUAAAAUGUCCUGAGUGCGCAGUGACCUUCCUCCGUGUCUCUGAGCUUAUUUCCCAUCAGAGCAUUCACAGAGGGGAAAAGCCCCAUAAAUGUAAAACAUGUACAAAGAGCUUUAUUUUGGACUCAGAGCUCGCAUGCCACCAGAAGAGCCACACAGGAGAGGAGCCUUUUAAAUGUACCACGUGUGGGAAAAAGUUUCAGGUUGAAUAG